AGUCGACGAGAUCCAGGCGAUCGAGCAGGAACCAUGGCUUCGACGGCGGCGGACGCAAGCAGCAGCGGCGAGGUGGCUGCCAUGGGCGACAAGAGCAACAAGAUGUUCACGCUGAUCAGCUCCGACGGCGAGAGCUUCGAGGUCACGGAGGAGGUGGGCAAGAUGUCGCAGACCAUCAAGCACAUGAUCGAGGACGGCUGCGCCGACAACGGGAUCCCCCUCCCCAACGUCCCCGCCAAGACCCUCAGCAAGGUCAUCGAGUACUGCAACAAGCACGUCGUCGCCGCCGCCGCCGGCGACGACGACAACAACGCCAGCGCCGGCGAGAAGGAGGACCUGAAGAGCUUCGACGCCAAGUUCAUCGCCGUGGACCAGGCGACGCUGUUCGACCUCAUCCUCGCCGCCAACUACCUGGACGUCAAGGGGCUCCUGGACCUGAGCUGCCAGACGGCGGCCGACAUGGUCAAGGGCCAGCCGGUCGAGGGCAUACGCAAGAUGUUCAACCUCGAGAACGACUUCACGCCGGAGGAGGAGGCGGAGAUCAGAAGGGAGAACCCCUGGGCGUUUGAUCUUUGAAGCUGUAUAAGAUUUCGUAGGUUUUCUUGCUCAUAAAUUAGUAACGGAUGAUUAGGCUGGUUUCUUUACUUGGUCGUUUGGAGCGGUGAAAACGAUUUGUCAUGACGAAUCUAAUGAUACAAAUUGGAUAUAGUAUUUAU